CAACAAAGAAGUGGAGAUCAGAGUUCGAGCACAAGCUUCACAUGCAACACUACAUGAUAUCAUCAUCAGUGGGCCACUGAAUAUCAGAAAGCACAGAAGCACACAUGGAGACUUUGUCAUAAGGUGGACGCCUGGCCCUGAUGAUGUGGGGGAUCAUUACCCAAUCUGCUUUGCUGUUGAAUCAGUAAUCGAUCCCGCCUCUACCAUCCAAAACCUAUCACAAGGACCAUGUCUACGUCCCAGAAUCUCCACAGUCCGGAAUCUUAUCAGUCCGAGAUGAGGUGCGUUCUGGUGAACAUCGGUAAAAGACUAAUUGAAUCGCAUGUGACCUGCCAUGAGUCCUCAAUGACGGUAGAGGUUAUCAGAUCUUCUCUCCCUGGACUUCAUGAGGAUCAUUUACGCCUCAAUGACCCCAGCAACACCGCCUGCAACCUGCAGAGGAACUCCAACAUCACGCACAUCAUUGCGGUCGUACCCCUCAACGCCUGCGGCACUCAGAUCGAGGAAGAUGAGGAAAACUUGGUUCUCAAAAAUGAAAUCACCACGGUGGACAACGUACACGACCUGAUCACCAGGAACCAUCUGCUGGAGGUCCAGUUCUACUGCCAGUACCCCAAACGUGGGAACGUGACGCAGGGCUUCACAGCAUACAGGAGGAAUGUGGUGGUGUGGGAUAAAGGCUUUGGAUCGUUCACCUACGAGUUUGAGUUCUACCCAGACAGCCAAUAUAGAAAAAUGAUUGAUCCAGCGCUGUACCCUCUUGAGUACGAUGUGACGAAAAGGAUCUACAUGCAGAUAGAGGCCAAAUCUACCGUCAACAACACCGAGCUGUUUGUGGAGUCCUGCAGUGCGGCGCCAUAUGACACCCCCAACUACUGGCCAACAUACUCCAUCAUCGAGAAUGGGUGUACUGUUGAUCAGACGGUUCAAGUGCAUCUGAAGGCCAACCCCAGAGAGUUCAGGUUCAGCAUGGAGGCCUUCCAGUUCAUUGGCUUGCACGACCAGGUGUACAUCAGCUGUUCAGUGCUGAUGUGUGAGGCAGGGAGCAGCGGCACCAGGUGCUCACAGGGGUGCAUCAACUCCCCCCUUACUGGGCAUCAUCAUCAUCACCGCAAGAGAGAGGCUCAGAGCGCCAGACACUUCAUUUCCCAGGGUCCUCUGCGUUUGAAGAGAUCAGCGGAGAGCACCGGGAGCCCAGGUACGUUUUCCCUCAGAACACCUGCCUACUUUGAGGCUACGGUUGAAAAGUGAAAAUCAGGUCCUAUGUCUUUUCCUAACCACUUUUCCUUAACGGGACUUCUGGAACAUAGUGACAUCACUAUGUAACACUUGUGCUCCUAUUGGCUGGCGCUGCAACACAUUCUAUGUGAUAGGCUAAGGGGCGGUCAUCUCUAAGUGGUUGAACAAUCACAACAGAGCUGGCCAGCUAACCAAUCAGAGCAGACUGUGCUCUGGUUUCAGACAGAGGGUGAAAAGAGGUACUGCAGCACAGGCAGAAUGAGACAAAUAAAGAUAUUUUUGAACAUUAAAGCAUGGAGACAUGUCCCAGUAGAGACACUAGAUACUGAUAUGAGAAUGAGCAGAUUAGGUUCUAACCUUAGUGUAAAACUUGAUGGGCCUUAGGUAUUGUGGGACAGGAUUUUCCAGUGUAUCCUAAAGGAGAUAUUAAGCAUUGAAGCUCCUUUCCUAUCAUUGAUAUUUUAAAAAGCUGUUUUUAUGGAUGCCACUUAGGAACUCGGGUCAUUUCACUCUGUAAGGAACCUUCCUGAACUAAUAAGACAAUUCGACCACGUCCUCUGAGGAGUUAGUCUUUGGAAAUGUCAAAUUAAAAUAAUGCUUUUCUUUCU